AUGGUUGAACAAUCAAAAGAAGAAAAAUUCCAUCAAUAUAUAUUAAAUUUGCCACAAGAUAAAAAAGAUGCGGUAAAAGGUAAACCAACUGAAGUGUUAAAACUUAUUGAUGAAUAUCCAGAAUGGUUUAUGAAUAUAGGUCCUGAUAAAGGAGCAUUUAUUGUUAAAGAAAUUGUCAAGAAACAACCAAAAAUAAUGAUAGAAAUGGGAGGAUAUAUAGGUUAUUCAGCAGUGUUAUUUGCAAGUCAAUUAAUAGCUGAUCCAGAAGCUAAAUAUUACAGUUUUGAGGCCAGUCAUGAAUUUGCUAAGAUUGCUCAAGAUGUAAUUGAUCUAGCAGGAUUGACUAAAAAAGUCGAAAUAAUUGUGGGUAAAGCAUCAUAUACAUUGGUUGAUUUCAAGGAAAGAUUGAAAAAAUCAUCAUCAUAUACACCAAUUGAUUUUGUUUUCAUUGAUCAUGAUAAAAAUAGUUAUGUACCUGAUCUUUGUCUUUGUGAAAAAUUAAAUUUUAUUGCACCAGGUACAGUUAUUGCGGCUGAUAAUUUAUAUUCAGCUCCAGAAUAUAAAGAAUACGUUAGACUUUCACCAGAAGAGAAAAAAAGAUAUCCUGGAAGAUGGAAUAUCAUCUAUGAAACAAAAUCUCAUGAGUUCGAAUUAAGAGGUGGUCAUAAAGAUGCUGUUGAACUUACAAAAUGUAUUGACUACUUAUCUGGGUAA